CAAGAGUGAAGUCCCCUAAACUACGCCUUCUUUUCAAUUCGGUUCAGCGCUCACAACCUUUAUAUACUUGCCUGAUCGGUUGCUCACAGCUAGUGCGCUCUCGGGAGCAUUUUCAGCAACUCUCACAGCAUCCCUUUUCGGUUGGCAGAAUGCAACAAAAUGAUGGCAAACGUAAAACGGUACGCGUGCGCUUUAUGAAUGGAUGGCGCACAUGCGGCUGACGUGUUGUGAGAGUUGUUGGGUUGUUGUUUCUUUUUUUUUGUAACCAUUGUGUGUUUGUUCGUGUUAACGUGUGAAGCCUUCGCCGAGGUUUGGUUUGUGGUUUGUGAUCGCAACAUUGCCGCGGUUUAGACGUUCGCUCACAGCCAUACGAUCAGACGAUCGCGAGCAAGAGAAAAACGUAGAGAGAUAAAGAUCAACCGUUUUUGGGGAGCUGCUGCUUGCCUCGUCGUUGGGCAGUAGAUGGAGCUCCGAUUGUUGGGUGCGAAAAAACGAGAUGUCGAUAUGGACGCCCCGACAGGUUCGGGGAGUUCGUUCGGUAGACGAGUAGAAGGCUGCGACUAGUGUUAACUCGAGUGUCGAUGAGAUUGGAUCUGUAUCGUUGGCCGUGUGUCGUGGUUUUCGGGACGACGGGUGGUAUAGAAACAUAAAACGUGUUUUGGUGAAAUGUUUGCAAGCGAAACACAAGCCAACGGAACCGGUGGUUAGACUACAACAGUACUAAGUGUUUUGUAGUAAAAGAAUGACCGGUGUGUUCGAUACGAUAUUAACGGAAGGAUAAAGCUUAUACGUGUGUGUGUGUGUGUGUAUAUGUGUAUUAGAAUAAACAAAAUCCCAUCACGGGACAUUUGCAGGUAUCAGGUAUUAAAGUUUCCAACUUCAGAACUUCGAGUGUCACAUAGUUUGCCCACGCACACAUCACGCAGCACCUUGGUUGCCGGCAGGCCGUUCUGUCAGCUGACACGCCGAUAGACAGCCAGACGACAAAACGACGUUCGGCCAUAUAAAAAGGGAAAAUAAGACAGAGAAAAAAAAGUCAUCCACCAAACACAGACUGAUCAUGAUGGAUAUUAAACUGGAACAGCUGAAGACAGAGCUACGGAUAUGCACCGCCUGCGGGGAACCGAUCGCCGAUAAGUACCUUUUCGAUAUUGACGGCUGCGCCUGGCAUGGAUCCUGUUUGCGUUGUUCCGUCUGUCUGACCCUGCUCGAACGGCAACCCUCGUGCUACUUUCGCGAUCGACAAGUCUACUGCCGGACGGAUUACGUCAAAACGUUUGGCGCCAAAUGUUCGAAAUGCUGCCGAACGAUAGCGGCGUCAGACUGGGUGCGGAAGGCGCGCGAUCUCGUGUUCCAUUUGGCCUGCUUUUCAUGUGACACUUGCGGCCGGCAACUCUCGACCGGUGAGCAGUUCGCCCUGAUCGACGAUAAGGUGAUGUGCAAGAUCCACUACAUGGACACGGUCGAAGAUGGAUCGAACUCGAGCGAUGAUGGGUGCAGCAGUGAUGGAUACAACAAGAACAAAUCGAAACGCGUCCGUACGACGUUUACCGAGGAGCAGCUGCAGGUGCUGCAGGCAAACUUUCAGAUCGACAGCAACCCGGACGGCCAGGACCUGGAGCGAAUAGCGCAGCUGACGGGGCUAAGCAAGCGGGUAACGCAGGUUUGGUUCCAGAACUCGCGUGCCCGCCAAAAGAAGCACACCCACGUUCCACGUGAUCACAAUCCCAAUCUCUUCAACGCAUUGCGGCAGGACAUGAACAACAACAGCAGCGGACAGACGGGUCUGGGCGAUCACGAUCAUGGUCCCGGUAUGGGCAAACAUCCUGGUGCCAUGUUCAACUCACACGGUAAUUCACACGAUAGCAUUCCCAUACAGUUGACCAGAUUUUAACUUCUGUUUGUGUUUUUUUUGGGGAAUUUGUUUCCUUCCACCUAUACAUUCCACAGUGAAUCUCAUCAACCUGAUGGUGUAACAUAUGGGUAUGCAAUCACUGUUGCACUCGCCACACGGAAGUUGCCAAAUGGAUGAUUGCUGAGACGUUGCAGGAGUGCAUGGAGAAAAAAUUCAAUCGCAAAGCGACUCCACCCAGGUCGGUGUGGAGACAGGAAACCGGAAUACCAAAGAAAUGUUUUAAAAAUGAUGAUGAAAUAGGUGUAGCACAAAGUUUGUCACUAACUGUUACGUUCAGGAAGAUCAGGUGAAUGCAAAACUAAGCCUAUUACUGUACUGUGGUGAGCAAAACUUGUGGACAUUAAAUGCAUAACUCUAGUGAAAUUUCUUCUGUAAAUAAGUUAUUAAUAUAAAUGUUUAAAAAAUUAACAAAAAACAUUAAAAUAAAUCA